ACCGUUUCGCCCGGGGCCGCGGGCCGGUACCUGAGGUGGCUCAGGCGCCCUCCUGCCCCGGCACCACCACGAGCGUCCCUCCCCGCUGCUCCCCGCACCUCUGCCCCCGCCUCCCGCCGCCCUCCUCCUCCCCGCCCAGCAGCGGUCGCUCGGGCUCCAGCUCUCGGUUAUAAGAUGGCGGCGCUGAGCGGCGGCGGCGCGGAGCAGGGCCAGGCUCUGUUCAACGGGGAUAUGGAUCCCGAGGCCGGCGCCGGCGCCACGGCCUCUUCGUCUGCGGAACCUGCCAUUCCCGAGGAGGUGUGGAAUAUCAAACAAAUGAUUAAGUUGACGCAGGAACAUAUAGAGGCCCUAUUGGACAAAUUUGGUGGGGAGCAUAAUCCGCCAUCAAUCUAUCUGGAGGCCUAUGAAGAAUACACCAGCAAGCUAGAUGCCCUCCAACAAAGAGAACAGCAGUUAUUGGAAUCCCUGGGGAAUGGAGCUGAUUUUUCUGUUUCUAGCUCUGCAUCAACAGACACCGUUACAUCUUCUUCCUCUUCUAGCCUUUCAGUGCUACCUUCAUCUCUUUCAGUUUUUCAAAAUCCCACAGAUGUGUCACGUAGCAACCCCAAGUCACCACAAAAACCUAUCGUUAGAGUCUUCCUGCCCAACAAACAGAGGACAGUGGUACCUGCAAGGUGUGGAGUUACAGUCCGGGACAGUCUAAAGAAAGCACUGAUGAUGAGAGGUCUAAUCCCAGAAUGCUGUGCUGUUUACAGAAUUCAAGAUGGAGAGAAGAAACCAAUUGGCUGGGAUACUGAUAUAUCCUGGCUUACUGGAGAGGAAUUACAUGUAGAAGUGUUGGAAAAUGUUCCACUUACAACACACAACUUUGUACGGAAAACAUUUUUCACCUUAGCAUUUUGUGACUUUUGUCGAAAGCUGCUUUUCCAGGGUUUCCGCUGUCAAACAUGUGGUUAUAAAUUUCACCAGCGUUGUAGUACAGAGGUUCCACUGAUGUGUGUUAAUUAUGACCAACUUGAUUUGCUGUUUGUCUCCAAGUUCUUUGAACACCACCCAAUACCACAGGAGGAGGCCUCCUUAGCUGAAACUACCCUCACAUCUGGAUCAUCCCUUUCUGCACCUUCCUCAGAAUCUAUUGGGCCCCAAAUUCUCACCAGUCCAUCUCCUUCAAAAUCCAUUCCAAUUCCACAGCCCUUCCGACCAGCAGAUGAAGAUCAUCGAAAUCAAUUUGGGCAACGAGACCGGUCCUCAUCAGCUCCCAAUGUACAUAUAAACACAAUAGAACCUGUCAAUAUUGAUGACUUGAUUAGAGACCAAGGGUUUCGUGGUGAUGGAGCCCCUUUGAACCAGCUGAUGCGCUGUCUUCGGAAAUACCAAUCCCGGACUCCCAGCCCCCUCCUACAUUCUGUCCCCAGUGAAAUAGUGUUUGAUUUUGAACCUGGCCCAGUGUUCCGAGGCUCAACCACAGGUUUGUCUGCUACCCCUCCUGCCUCAUUACCUGGCUCACUCACUAAUGUGAAAGCGUUACAGAAAUCUCCAGGACCUCAGCGGGAAAGAAAAUCAUCUUCAUCCUCAGAAGACAGGAAUAGAAUGAAAACACUUGGUAGACGGGAUUCAAGUGAUGAUUGGGAGAUUCCUGAUGGACAGAUCACAGUUGGACAAAGAAUUGGAUCUGGGUCAUUUGGAACAGUCUACAAGGGAAAGUGGCAUGGUGAUGUAGCAGUGAAAAUGUUGAAUGUGACUGCACCCACACCUCAGCAGUUACAGGCUUUCAAAAAUGAAGUAGGAGUACUCAGGAAAACACGACAUGUGAAUAUCCUACUAUUCAUGGGCUAUUCAACAAAGCCACAACUAGCCAUUGUUACACAGUGGUGUGAGGGCUCCAGCUUAUAUCACCAUCUCCACAUCAUUGAGACCAAAUUUGAGAUGAUCAAACUUAUAGAUAUUGCACGGCAGACUGCACAGGGCAUGGAUUACUUACACGCCAAGUCAAUCAUCCACAGAGACCUCAAGAGUAAUAAUAUAUUUCUUCAUGAAGACCUCACAGUAAAAAUAGGUGACUUUGGUCUAGCCACAGUGAAAUCUCGAUGGAGUGGGUCCCAUCAGUUUGAACAGUUGUCUGGAUCCAUUUUGUGGAUGGCACCAGAAGUAAUCAGAAUGCAAGAUAAAAACCCAUAUAGCUUUCAGUCAGAUGUAUAUGCGUUUGGAAUUGUUUUAUAUGAAUUGAUGACUGGACAGUUACCUUAUUCAAAUAUCAACAACAGGGACCAGAUAAUUUUUAUGGUGGGACGAGGAUACCUGUCUCCAGAUCUCAGUAAGGUACGGAGUAACUGUCCAAAAGCCAUGAAGAGAUUAAUGGCAGAGUGCCUAAAAAAGAAAAGAGAGGAGAGACCACUCUUUCCCCAAAUUCUCGCCUCUAUCGAGCUGCUGGCCCGCUCAUUGCCAAAAAUUCACCGCAGUGCAUCAGAACCCUCCUUGAAUCGGGCUGGCUUCCAAACAGAGGAUUUUAGUCUAUAUGCUUGUGCUUCUCCAAAAACACCCAUCCAGGCAGGGGGAUAUGGAGAAUUUGCAGCCUUCAAGUAGCCACACCAUCAUGGCAGCAUCUACUCUUUUUUUCUUAAGUCUUGUGUUCGUAGAAUUUGUUAACAUCAAAACAUCAAGUUCUGUUCCUCAAAUCUUUUUUUUUUUUUAAGAUAAAAAAUUUUCAUUGCAUAAGCUAGUGUGGAACAGAAUGGAAUUUCCCAUCCAGCAAAAGAGGGAAGAAUGUUUUAGGAACCAGAAUUCUCUGCUGCCAGUGUUUCUUCUGCAACACAAAUACCACGUGCAUACAAGUCUGCCCACUCCCAGGAAGAAAGAGGAGAGACCUUGAAUUCUGACCUUUUGAUGGUCAGGCAUGAUGGAAAGAAACUGCUGCUACAGCUUGGGAGAUUUGCUAUGGAAAGUCUGCCAGUCAACUUUGCCCUUCUAGCUACCAGAUCAAUAGGAGUCUGAUCAUCUGAUGGGGGCAGUUUCAAUCACCAAGCAUCGUUCUCUUUUCCUGUUCUGGGAUUUUGUUAUGGAGCUCUUUCCCCUAGCCACCAUUGGAUAAUUUCUGGGGAAUGGAACAAAAAUGCAGCAUGCCCUUUCAGUGUGGUGCAUGUUCAGUCCUUGAUAAAUUUUAUCAAAAUGAAGUAAUUUAAAUGCAGAAUGAGAGGAAGAGGAGAUAAAUUUUGGUCUAGAGGAAGGGGAAUGCUGCAUCUUUUUCCUAACCUACUGGGUUUCUGACCUUUUCUUUCCUUGCUUACUGAGGGAGUCUGCCUAACCAAGCAGGCUGGAAAACUGCUGGUACACAUUGCGUUCUUUUCUCAUUGGGUCCAGCAAAGAAGACAGGUUUGGGAAUUUUUUUCCCUGCACAAUGUAGCUAGUUCUCAGGAAAAUACAGUUUAUAUCUUCCUCCUAAGCUCUUCCAGUCACCAAGUACUUCUGUGGCUACUUUGUCCAAGGCACAAAAUGCCAUGGCAAUAUCUGAUUAAAAACCUACAAAACUACUUAAUAAUAGUUUUGAAGGUGAGAAAGUUAUGUAAUUUAAAUGUAAGGUACAGGUUUUAAUUUCUAAGUUUAUUCUAUUUAUAUUUUUAUUGAAAAGAAAAUAAUUUUCAGAUUUAAUUGAAUUGGAAUAAAAUACUUCCCACCAGAAUUAUAUAUUGUGAAAAUUGUAUUUUGUUAUAUGAACCGUUAAAGAAAGAUCAGUUAUCCUUUUCUCUACCUAAAUAUGGGGAGUCCUAGCAUAAUUUCAAAUAUUUAUAGUUUUUAAAUUAAUGGUACUUGCUGGAUCCACACUAACAUCUUUGCUAAAAUCUCACUGUUUCUUCCAACUUACACUCCUUCCUACAUUAUAUCCUACAUGUCUCUUUCCAAUCCUUUAUCUAGAAUAUGCAUCCUAAAAUAAAAAUGGUGGUGUCCCCAUUAAUUCUUCUUCUUCCUUUUUUUCCCAGGCCUGGUCUUCAAAAGGUUGGGUUGAUUUGAAUUCCUUGGGCAGAGAAUAGAGACAUUUUAGGGAUAUUGGGACUGAGGGAUGAUGUGUGAAACUUAACAUCAGUUACAUUUAUAGAAAGAGCUGCUGUGGUAUUAAGAACCUCAUUCUUUAUAAUCUUUGUACAGAAAUUUUAGCUUCCUUUGGCCUUUUCUAAAGGGUAGUAAAAAAUCACAGUAGUAGCAAAGCAAGUGACUCUGGAUGUAUUAAUGGGGCAAAUUUAAUAUCUCCCUUAUGAAUCUAGGAUUUAAAAAUGUAAAUUAAACCAAAUCUACUUAGCUCAGCCAGGCUAUAGCCAAGGACCGAAAAUAAAUCAGGGAAUUAGGAAUCGUUAUUUUAAAUUUCAAAUUGGAACUCCUAGCUCUGCUAUCUGCAUUUCAACCUUCUAAAGCUCACUUGGAAUACCUGUAUUCCAAGGAAGGCCCACUGAAAGUUUCAUGGACUUGUAAAAGAUUAUCCAAGUAGAAUGGAAAUAUUCUGAAGUUAUUAAUCAUUUUGGAAAACAGCGUGUUCUUAAGCAGAGCAGUAUCUUACAAAAGCAGAACAGAUUCUUAAAAAAUUCAGACAUUGCAAAGAUGGAAAUGUUUUAUGCUGAUUUGAAGAACAUCUUUGUGCAUAAUACUGCCUCUUCUAAAAGCAUUGUUUAUUUUUCUUUUUAAAUAUGUCCCCAUGGAUUCUUUUAGACAUGAUUGUGUUCUCCUUACUAAGACUGGCUUACUAAGUCUCUGUGGGUUGAGAGACCUGAGCUUGAACAAUAGGGGUGUGUAUUCAAUGGCUGCUGAGAAAGUGGAAUCUUUUGGAGUGGCUUGGGUGCAGGACUACCUCAGCACGGCAGGUGGGCACACAGAACUAAUCAUGGGAGAAGCUUCACGUUUGAAUUUUCGGAGUAAAAUUUGAGGUGAUAAACUUUUUCUUCCCUUUCACUUCAGAGUAUCAUUUGAAAAGGGGGAGCAGAUUUAACUUGAUCUGAAACAAAACUGUGCCCAGAAGCCAGGCUCAGGGUAUUCUUGAGAGAUUGUAUAGAGCUCUUAAAAAUAAAAAUAAGUAAAAUUUUUCAAGUUCCAUUUCUUCCUUAAUCCAUCAAAUUUUUCUUCUGAUUUGCAAAUGACAUGAAAAAGAGGUUACUUUUGAGUCUUAUUUGCUUUAUUUUUUGAUGCUUAGGCUACAGAUAGACUUUUGAGCUCCUAAGAAAACACGAGGAAUAACUCCUUGUUUGUGCAAAGCACUUUAUGAAUAAUUUGUUUAGAUAGUAUGUGCUGCUUCAUGGAUUAUCUCUUAAGGCUGUAAUUAUCAGUCUUUUCAUAAAGUGGCUGCAGUGCCUUCUGUAAUGUAUUUUAUCUUGAUAGGGAGAGGUAAAGCCUUCUGAAAAAAAUUGAGAGCAAUUGUAAUUGUUAAACUAGCGUGUAGGACCUACAUGUUUGCCAUUGAGGUAAUAUUGACCAAAAAAAGCAGUUUGUAAAAGGAACUUGUGAAUAGAAAAUCCAGUGUGAUCAUUUAUACUUAUGUGCACCUUAAAAAAAGACACUGUCAAAUUCUGGUUCCUGAACAUUCUGUCCCUGCUUGUAUUUGAGAUUUGGUAGGACAUAAUGGGGCAACCUAAAAGAUAAAAUCCCAUAUAAAUUACAUGCUUUAUGUUGGUAUUGGAGAAGAAAGAGCAUUAUAGUUAAAUAAUUCAAGACUUCAGCACUGUCAACCUGAAACUUUGUACACAUUUCCUAGAUCCUUGUUCGGUGCAGUCACAGCUCUCUUAUCACACAACUUUAUCUUUUAUUGAUCAGGCAGUGUUAGAGCUGCUGCACACUCCUACUCAGAUCUCACCUGUCCCUACUGUACAUUCACCUCCAGCCUCAGGCAGACCUCAUUUAGCUUUAGUUUGAAACACACUGCAGGGUUCAGGUGACCUCUUCAAAAAACUACCUCCUCAGAAUGAGGUAAUGAAUAUUUAUUUAUUUUAAAAUAUGAAAAGUCAGAAGCUCUAGAACAUGAAGAUGAUUUAAGAUUUUAACUUUUAUGUGUACUUGUAUAUGAGCAUUCUCAUUUUGUCCUAAAGGGCAUUAUACAUUUUAGCAGUAAUACUGGGGGAAACAAAAAAAAAAAAACCUGUAGUGCAGAGUAUCAGAAUGUUAUUGAAAGUGGUGUCAGAAUCUGUGUAGGGGUAUGUUUCAGAAUCUUAACCUUAAGUCACUUGCAUGAAGUUAAAUAGUUACAGUAUCACUUCACUAACUGAUAUAAUUUUGAUUUUCAGUAGGCUUGGCAAAACAGUGCAUCUUAAUGAGUGAGUGAGCCACAGCUUGGUCACAUGCACAGAUAUUCAUAUAGAGAGACUGCCCAGCUAAGAGGGUAGACAGGUUACCCAUUUUGCAAGAUUCUCUCCUUUGUCCAGGUUGGCAUUGUAAGUGCUAGAAUAUCAGCACUUUGUGAUUCACAUAUUCCAACCUUUAGGCUAUAAAAAUCCACAGCCAGAGAUGGAAGGGUUACUGUAUGAACAGCUAAUAGCUUACAGGUCAUACAUAGAAAAGUUGUAGGUGAGGUUCUAGAAAAUACCUUGACAAUUUGCCAAAUGAUCUUACUGUGCCUUCAUGAUGCAAUAAAAAUAAAAAUUUUAAAAAGGUAAAAUUUUAACAGAAAUCUGAUUUGUGAAGAGAGCAGUCACUCUGGUUUAACUCAGCUGUGUUAAUACUUUUUAGAGUGCAAUUUAGACUGCAAAGAUAAAUGCAGUGAAGAGUUUAUAGCCAAAAUUUCAUUUAAAAAAACAUGAGAAAACUGGUAAAUUUUCAGCAAACAAAAUUAUUUUUUUAAAGCACAUAAUCCCUAGUAUAGUCAGAUAUAUUUAUCACAUAGAGCAACUAGGUUGAAAAUACAGUGGUGACAUUUCUAGAGAAACUUUUUCUACUCCCAUAUGUUAUUCAAAGCAUGGAAUUUUUAUACAACAGGAAUGUUUGAUAGACAUUUUAAGAAACUGAAGUUUAGUGUUUAAUUACUGUAUGCUGGGCAACAAUCAUGUGUAAGAACUUAAGUGAGAAAGGGGAAAUUAAAUGUUAGACAGAAUUUCAUCUGUUUGCAGAGUAUUGCUGCCAACCUUGACACUGUUUUCAGCGUCUGAUAUGUCAACUUUCCUCCCAGGACUUGUACGCAAAUUAAGCAAGGCUGUGCUACUAAUGUUCAUUGAGUACUGUGGGGGCCAGGUGGGUGGUCUCUGGAGGCAUCCCUUAUGAAGAUGCAUUGAAAUUUUUAACAACCUGCCCAGGUGGGUGUAAAACUGGACGUGUACUGCAAGGUGUGAUUUUUUUGAAUCUUGCUUCAUUCCUCACCACCCCCAAGAUAGUCAAUAUUUUGUCUUCAGCGAGUUCUUCAGAUGUUUUAUUAAGAUGAAUCACUAAUGCCCUUAGGUAGUGGAGUGUAAUAGCAUCUGUGCCUGCAGAGAUGACAAUUUAUAUAUUGGCCAGAGGAGAAUGAAGUGGCCAGUGUAUUCACAUUCCAUAUUGCUAGCUCUGGUGAAAUAUAAAUAACGGUUAAGAUUUUUAUUUUAUCAGUACACUAGAAAGUAAGCUUUGUUUUCUGGCUUUCAGAUAACCUACUUUCGGCAAAGACAUUGAAAUUAAAAUUCAGUCCUAAAUUUUGUAAUUAACAGUUCCUAUCAGGUAUUUUUAAGGUAGAAAAGGACAGAAACUUAAGUCCUAAAAUCUUAAAAUAAGGUGACAGUGCUUUAAAAAAAAAUACAUACACAUAAGGACAGUCCCUCCCUCCCCAUAAAGUGAUCAGGCUUGAUUUCAACACGCACAGCCUCAACUAUUAAUUUAAUUUUGUUACUCAUUAAGUCAGUUUCAUUAAAGUGUAGUUUCAUUAAAGUGUUUCAUUUUAUUUAACUGUUUGGACUAAUUACAAUGAUACAUAACUAGUUGUCCAUGAGGACACAGCCAGUGUUUCCAUUUUCUGUGGUGCAGUUUUUAAAGAAUUCUGUAGAUUGAAGUACUCUUUGAAAACAAAGAAACAAAGUAAGUUUUAUCUGUGUUAGUAUAAAACAAAAGGGGAGAGGGGUUGUGUGCAAACCAUCUGCUUAUCCUGGCAGGCUGAACACACAUCCAGCCUCCAUGACUGACUAGUUCUCAUUCAUGUAGGGGAAUCGACAUAAAAUUUACUUAAAUGCAGUGGAGGAAUGGUGAAGUUUACAGGGUAGGAAUGGGGGUUAUGAGUAAGUUGCUUAGUACUGGUGUUGGUUUGAAAAUUACUCUGUGUUGAAUUUGUGUGUGGUAAGCCUGUUUAACCCCACGUGUUUUGGUGAAGUAUGAGUUAUAUAGGAUGAAAUUUCAGACUAGCAUAAGCAACAAAGCUCACAUACUAGGCACAAUGUAGAGAAAAUGGACCAAAAUGGGGGGAGGGAGGCUAAGUCUGGGGGUAGGAAAAAUUGAUGUGAGGGUGGGAAGUAAACUGUAAUUACCUAAAAUAAAAUGUAAGCGUGCAAUAAGUGUGCUUUUUAUUCUAAGCUGUGAACAAUUUUUUUAAAAAUCAUUCCUUCCUAAUGCAUUUGUGUGUGUUCCAUAGCUGAUUAAAACCAGCUAUGUAAACACGUAUCUUUUUAUUCAUGUUAAUUAUCAACAUAAGUGGCUAACCUUUAUGUCUUAUUUAUCUUCAUGUUAUAUUAGUUUACAUACAGGGGCAUGUGUGUGUGUGUAUAUGCUGUACUCUUCCCCCCCUUCAUUUGAAAAUGCAUCCAUUGGGUUGUUUCCUUUAGCCAUGCCACAUGUUAAGUCUUGAUUUGCCUUCCUGAUACCAUGAUUUGAAGGACUAUCACAGUGAUGUUUUUCUGUUGUAAUCUCAUUUGUUCAUUGUAUACUCCUGACCCUUCCCUCAUUUGGCAAUUGCUGCUUAUCCUAAAAUAGGAGAGGGCAACUGACUUAAAGGGAUUGACUUUCACUGUUCAUUGACAUAUGUCCCUUUGAAUCCAGUAGUUUUGAAUGUUCUUUGGUUUAGACCAAGAAAAGGAAAUCACCCCCCUUUUCAUGUACUUCUUGGUUAAAGGACAAUUCUCCUAUAGAGGAGAAGAAAGAGCUAUCCUUCAUGUUUUAACUGCAGUGAAUGAAUGGCUCCUGUUCUGCCACUCCAGACCUAUGGCAAUUCACAUACAUUCCUCUUCUCUCUGUUACUGCCAAAGGUUUGGUUUUAGUUCACUUCAGUUCAACUCAAGCAUUGAAAAAGGUUCUCAUGGAGUCUGGGGUAUACCCAGUGAAAAGAUGGGGACUUUUUAAUUGUCCACAGACCUCUCUAUACCUACUUUGCAAAAAUUACAAUGGAAUAACUAUUUUUAAAGCUUAUUUUUCAAUUCAUAAAAAAAAGGCAUUUAUUUUCAGUUAAAUGGAUGAUGUCUCCCUCUUGUCCCUUAAUCCUCAAUGUUUGCUUGAAUCCUUUUUAUUUUUCACUCUUCCCCAUACCCACUUCCUGUUAUUUUGGAUCUCUUUCUUGCUCAGGUCCCUUCAUUUGUACUUUGGAGUUUUACUCCUGUAAAUUUGUACAAUGGAAAAUAUUGUUCAGUUUGGAUAGAAAGCAUGGAGAAUUAAAAAAAAAAAAGCUGAAAUUCAGAUUGAAGAAUUUAUUUCUGUGUAAAGUUAUUUAAAAACUCUGUAUUAUAUAAAAGGUAAAAAAGUUCUAUGUACUUGAUGUGAAUAUGCGAAUACUGCUAUAAUAAAGAUUGACUGCAUGGAG